ACAUGGAGGCGCUCCGGAGGGUUCUGCACAUGCGCGACCCGCUGGAGGAGGAGCUGGUGGAGGCGGCGGUGGCGGCCCGACAGCUGUCGAGGUGGCCGACGGGCGGGGGCGGCGGAGGCGGCGCCGGUGGCGACAGCGGCGACGCAGGGACGCAGAGCGGCUUCUGGCAACACCUUGGGGACGUGCUCAAGCUGCAGGAGGAGACAAAAACCCUGGCGGCUCUGGAAGCUAAGCUGCACUCCGCGCGAGAAGCCGAUCAGGAUCGGGUGCGGAAGAUCCUCGCAGGUGACGUCAACGCUGCGGACGGCGCCGUGAGGGGCAUGUGACGUGGCCGGGCCAGCGCCUGAUCACCAAGUCACCUGCCGGCUGGACGGCUGCCUGCUGUUCCCACGUGUAGCACCCUAUGUAUGCGUGUCUGUGCUCGAUGUUCCCUCCCCAUCACAGUCUAAUUGCUGAUGUCGCAGAACCCUUCAGUGUAUCCCCAUGUGUGUUAAACCCAUGUUACAUUCCCAGGAUACUGUUUGACUGAAAAAUAAGUAUACAUAUUCCUCGCGCCGAGAUCAGGAACAAGCUGGUAAACGAGUACAAGUCAGGAUGGAGGAGGUCUGAAUAUAUCUUACGUCUAGUUUACAACCAUGGGAAAAGAAAUCCAGACGUUAUGAUUACUGAUAUAAGUUACUGAAAUAUUUUAUGCUAGUAGCCACUUCACCCAUUCAAUUGUUAGACAGAUUUUUCGCGUGACUAAUGAAAAGCACGCAUAUUGAAACGACAAGUACAUUUCCUCUCUCACAUUUACAAAGCCACAAAAGCAAUGCUGUAUCGUUUCAUAUUAUUUUUGACAGACGAAAUUAUGCCCAGAAAAGAGGGGGAAAAAUUGGAAUUGAUAUCUUCAAUAAGUUACCAUAAACAAAAUCCAAGGUAUAAAAUCAUCAUUGAAUGAGUAACGCUGUCCUUGUGAGCUAAAACGCACGGAAGUGGAGACGAGACACAGUCAACAGAAAAGCGGGGAAUUCUUUACCAUUUACUGGCAGUUUUCGGUGCAAUAUUCUACGUUAAACAUGGAUGCUUGCAAGAAAAAGUAACAUCACAUCAGCCUCUCCUGAAAGUGUUAUAAUAUUCAUCAUAAUUUCCAUCGUAAACAAUAUACUUCGUAUGGUCUUGAUAUGCCCAUCUGUUUGCAACUGUUCAUAAGAUAACUGUAAUAAAUGUAACAGUUAACUGCAAGGAAAUGGAAACAGUUUAGAGACAUUGUAGAUUUUGUACAUUUAUUUUAUUAUACCAAAGACUAGAUAAUAUGAAAUAAAGUAUAUGCCAACAUACUAUAAUAUUUGUAUACAUGAAAUCUCAUCAAAUAUUUUCUCUGAAGAGUCAAGCCCAUCGUUCUUCGCAGAAUAGUUUGAUUGUGUUUUGAUGUUAGUGUGUAUUGUUGUAAAGUGAGGAAAUAUAUAUAUAUAUAUAUUUUAGCAGAGUUUGGUAUAAUACUUAGGUAACUAAAUAUCAUAUGUUUACAAUUAUAAUAAAACAAUUGAAAUAAAAAUAUGU